AUUCAGUUGACACAACCAUGGCAACUGUGUGUUUUUGUUUUUGGUGCUGACAAAUGGCUACAAAGGAAUAAGAAAACAAAUUUUUUGACGGAAUCAAUCACACUCGUACAUUAAACAUUUCUUAUAAAAACGUAAAUUUUAUUUACUGGACCAAACAAAAUAAAUUAUGGAUAGAUUCCGAUUAAGCAUAAGUCUAAAAAAUAAUAAUUAAAAAUAUAAAUACAAACCAAAAAUGAUUAAAAAGCAAAUAAGUCUACGGAAAUGUUUUUGUUACUGUUGUGUUUGUUGGAAAAAACGAUACAACUUUGAUUCGGAAAGCCGAGAUUUAAAGAUUCUUCUUCUGGGCUUGGAAAAUGUUGGAAAAACCGAAAUUGGCUACAUACUUGCAGGAAAGAAGAGAACCCAUUACCAUACAACUAAUGGUGUUCAAUGCUUUAAGACCCAAUUGGCUAAGUGCUCACUGUCCAUAACAGAAGUUGGAGGCAAUAGACAAAAUCAAAAAUUAUGGCAUAAUUAUUAUUGUAGAACAAUGGGAUUAAUAUUUUGCUACGAUAUGUCAAUUGACAUUCAAAAACUCCAAGCAACGUUUCAGAUGUUUAAUAAAAUUGCUUCCCACCAAUUUAUGCGUGGAAAAGUCAUUCUUUUGAUUGGUACCAAAUCAGAUUUAGCAAAUGACACAAUUCAAUUAUAUGAUGUUGAAAAUGCGUUUGCUCUCGAAAAACUAGCAAACCAAUACUUAAUCAAUAUAAAAUCGAUUCAUUUCAAUCCGCAAGAAUUAGGAAAUCUCUGGAAUGGUAUCGAAUGGUUAGCCAACAAUGUAAUUAUAAAUUAUAAAAAUUUAAAAUAUCGAAUAGAGAAUGAUAGUAAAAUUGAGAAGAUAUUGAAAAAGCAACAAUACGAUCCAGUUAAGAGAGCAUUCAGUCUUGCACGUCGAAGACCAAAAACAGCGCCAGCUUUUAACAAUACAUCAGUCCACAAAAGUGUUCCUUUCAUUUUGUCCAGCAACACAUCCGAAAUUGCAAAUGUUUUUCGAGUAGCCGAACAAGUGCCAUCUUUUUCCAAUAAUAAUAUCAGUUAAACAUCUAUUGUUUUUUUAUUAUUAAAAAACUUAAUGUUUUUCUUUGAAAUCUUAAAAAUAUAAUUGUUUGACAGUU